UAAGGUAAAUGUACAUUUAUCUGUACGUUUUAAAAACUUUAAGGCGUGGCAGAGCAAGUAACAGGAAAUUGCUCCAAUCGGCAGUGCAACGUGAUCCCUUUGUUUUCUGUCUUGACAUUUGCGGAAUUUCGGAAGACAAAGCAAGUUUUCUGAUUACAUGCAACUUGAUAGAGACGCGGCAAUAAUUUUUGUAAUAUUUUGCAUUAAACCCUGCAAACCGCGUUUAAACUACUGGAAACUGUGCUUAAUAACGUGGACGUGUAUUGGUUGUGCAUAUUAAACAAGUGAAAAUGUUCAAUAAGAAUUUAUCGGCUAAUUCGGCCAUAAUGGAGGCAUUGGAGUCAUUGCCUGGAAUCGGGGUGCAUAUUUAUGCAAUACUAGAUAAGGGUGCGGGCGCGCGCGAAAUAAGCGCAAUCAAACAGGGAAAUUUGCAUCUAAAAUUGCAAUUGUAAGACUGGAGUGGUUGUGGAAUGGAACUGCGUGGAAUAUUAAUUUCUUAUAUAAGCAUGAGCAUUAUUAAAAAAAAGUGAUGGAAAAAAUGUGGUUUUCUGUGUCGUUGGAUGAGAACGACACCUCCAAUACGAAUGUACCGAUUAGCAAUGAUUUCAAAUCGAUUGAUUGCUGCAUUCCUGUCGCCAAAUAUGAGCUACCCGACUACUCCACAGAUCAUUCGUUUCUACUGAUGGACGCCGAGGAGAAUUUACGUAUACCCACACCAGAGUUAUUUCGCAAGAAACUUAAAUGCAACGAUGACACAAAGAUCAAAGUAAUUUCCAUAUUCGGCAAUACAGGCGAUGGCAAAUCGCAUACAAUGAAUAAUACUUUCUUCGACGGCGCCGAGGUGUUCAUGACAUCGGCAGAGCAGAAUUCUUGCACGAUAGGUGUCUAUGCGGCACUGCAACGCGACAUGGAUGUGCUGUGUCUGGACACCGAGGGACUGUUGGGCUCAUCCAAACACCAUAAUCGACGCAUACGCAUGCUGUUGAAGAUUCUGGCCGUUUCCGACAUUGUUAUAUAUCGCACACGUUCCGAACGUCUACACAGCGAUAUGUUUGAGUUUUUGGGAUCUGCUUCGGAGGCGUUUUGCUUGCAUUUCGCACAAGCACUGCAGUCGUUGCCAGUGCCAGGCACAGCGCAAACGCUUGGACCCGCGGUCAUUAUCUUCCAUGAGACACAGCACACAAACCCGCUUGAUGGUUCUGUUGCCGAAAGCGCCGAAGAUCAACUGCGCAAAUGUUUCGAACGUCACAAUCAGAAAAUCAACGCUUUCAGUUCAGUGCGCUAUAUAGGCAUACAAACGCCAAAGCAUGUGGCCACCGAUUAUAGUAAACUUAAGUCUGCUAUAAAAUUGGAAAUCGCUAAUACCACCGUACGUUCGCCACGUCAACCCAGUGUUGUGUUCAAAGCAAUGAAUGCGCUCAAUACCAAAUUCUCCGGUGAAAUAGUGGAGAAAUCAAUAAAUCCUUUUCCCGAACAAUUUUUCACAUGUCCGGUGCGUUGUGAAGCGUGCAACCAGCGCUGUCAGCGUUCGAUGGGUCAUUUGAGCGAUGGUGAGGCGCAUAUGAAUCAACAGCCUUGCAACUAUCAGAAUCAGUAUGACAAUAAGAAGUACCUGUGCAAAAUAUGCUACAAAAAUGGCAAGGAGAACGUCGUCACAUUUAGCACACAAACAAAGAACGACAGCUCAUGGUCAGGAUUGGCUAAGUAUGCAUGGAAAGGUGGCGUCAUCGAUUGUCCAAGCUGUGGCGAAAUAUACAGAUCACGUCAAUAUUGGUUUGGUAAUAAGUCACCGGAGGAGACAUCUGUUAGAUCAAUAAUUGUACACGUUUGGGAGCCAAAGGGUCCAUCACACUCCGCACAAAUGGUACUCGAUAGGGUAUCAACACUCGGCGAAGCACUACCCAAACUCCAUCCCAAUGCAGUGACCGGUUGGCUAGCUGACUGGGUGGCGCCCGGCUAUUGGAAGCCAAAUAGUGAAAUUAUUAGCUGCCAUGCAUGCCAGAAGGUAUUCGAAAAUACUGGUUUACACAAGCAUCACUGCCGCAGCUGUGGCGAAGGUUUUUGCCAUGCAUGUAGCCAAAAACAAAUGCCAGUGCCAGCGCGCGGCUGGUCAGAGCCUGUGCGAGUGUGUAAUUCAUGUUAUACGCUAUUGCAGAAUAAACCGAAUGCGGUGCCGGCAAAUACAACCGAAGCAUUUAAUCAUACCAAUUCCAAUUCAAAUUCAAAUCCAAAUAAUAAUAUCACAGGCCCACCAACGACUGAACAAGCUGACAUAAGUGUGCGAAAAAUAGGUGAGGUAAUCAUCAAUCCAUUGGGCAGCAUAACAAAGGGAGCUUAUGAGUUUACCAAAGGCAUCAUUAAGGAUACCGCCCGCCCCUCAUACUGGGUGCCCGAUGCCAAAGCGCCAACUUGUUACAUCUGUGAGACACUCUUUGGCACUGCUGAAGAGUUGGCUAUAGCAAAAGCUAAUAGUGUAAUUUCCAGUAGCAGUGGCAACAGCACCACUACUAGCAGUCCUGCACCAAAAACAACAAAAGAAAAUAUUGUCAAUGGCAAUGUCGCCGCGGGUAGUAGCGCUGGUAAUAUAACGAAUGGCGGUUUUAAUAUUCCCUCACCCAUUGGCGACUGUCUACGCCAUCAUUGUCGACGCUGCGGUCAAGCAGUGUGUGAGCACUGUUCGCAACAACGCCAGCCGGUGCCCGAGCAUGGCUGGGAUGUGCCAGUGCGUGUCUGUGAUAAGUGUGCCGAUCUGAAGCAGUGCGAUCCGACCAUUGGUCAGGCAGCCAGCGGCAGCAGUAAUAAUGUUGCAAAAUAAUUAAUGCGUAUGCAGCAAGAUUUAAUGCGUCCCCGACUUGAGGCGGUUGCAUUUAAGAUGUAUGCGUGAAAAAGAGGAGCACGAUUUUUCUAUGCGCUGUGUGUUUUGCAUUUUAUUUUUAUUUUUGGCCAUUUGGUACAUUGGACUGCAUUAGAAAGUGGUAUAAGAAUAACUAAAAAAUAAUAAUCCCAUAUAAAAACAUAUUUUCCCAUUUCUACAUUUUUCAAUUGAUAUUCACCUAUACAUUUUAUUUUAGGACUACGCAUGUGAACUACGAAUGUUAAAUAUGAAGCGUAUAAGAAAUUUCACUUAGUGCAAGUUUAAAAAGUUAUCAUUUUCAAUAAACGUUCUACCAUAUGGAUUAAUCGCUUUAAGAACGCUGGUUUGGCUGCUCCACCAAAUAACUCAUAGCAAUAUAUUUUCGGUUUACUUGGGACAGUAAAGUUACUAUGUUCCCUUACAACUGUUUUUCUUCAAGGGCACUUGCAUUUUAAUUAUUUUUCUUUUUCGACGACUUCAAAAAACGGAGAAGGUUAUCAAUUCGUCGGAAUACUUUUUUUUU